UGGUGAGGAUACCGUCCAGUUUGUUCAUUUCUGUUGGCGGCCUGUUUCACUCACUGAUCGCUGGAGUUGUUUUGACGAAACGAAAGAAAGAAGUUACAUUGGAAUGUUAAUUAUUUAUCGUGAGUUUAAAUCUCUGUAUUUUUGCGCGGGCAUUUGUUCAUGUUUAUUGUUUUUUGAAGAUGCUGUGUUGCAACGGAGAGCGGAACACAUUUGAAAAGGCCGGGUGAGCUAAGCAGCUGCCGCCAGCCAAUCGGAAACUGAAAAGGGAAGCCAUCUUUACAGGCCAGAUCCCCAUUUCAUUGAGCAUGGGCACUCUGAGUAAAUGGUGCUAGUGAUUGUGCUGAACUGGCAGUAUUUUACACGUGAGCGUGCACACAUGGUCAAGUCGUUUCUCAGUAAGAUGAGGUUUUUUGUUUUUUUUUCUUCAUACUGAGAUGCACUGGCAGUUCAGUUCAUAUGCUGCAGAGGCUACAGAUCACUGAGUGGCACCAAUGGACAGUAAGGGAGGAUCUCUACCUGCAAUGCCUGAGCCAAAGACCCCCACCAGUAUGAAACAGUUAUCAGAUUCACCAUGUGGAUGUAAGGGACGGGGUGAUGGAAGCACAGAUCCUGCUCUUCUAAUGGAUAAAGCUGCUACUCAGCUAGCAGCCACGCCCCAUGAUGGUGUUUUGCAGAAGAUGGGAAACCAUAACCACACUCACGAGCAUCUGAAGGAUCUGACGUCUCGGUUCUUCAAUGGUGAUCAGGAGACGAUGUCAAAGUUCUGUACUUCUCCUACUGGAUCACCCCUCCUAAAAGCGGUAGAGUCUGGACCUCAGCAUGGCAGCCCGCAAAGGAAGCCUGACUCCUCCCCUGAGCUCACACUCAAAAUAACCAAACAUUUGCCCAAUGGAAAAUCGCCACCGUCAAGCAGGUAUGAAGUUAGCUAUGGAGAAGAUGGCGCAGAGGAAACAAACGCAGCUUUAAGUUUAGCAGAAGGCAUGCUGGCUCCUGCAAAUGCUUCAAACGAAGGAUGCAAGUUGAGGGGACCAGUGAAAAAAGUGGCACCAAGCAGACGGCACUCCGUCGACCCUGCUGUUAAUGACUCUGAGAAAUCGCCUCUCGUUCACAUUAAUGUAGAACCAUGUGACAAGUCCAGAGAGUCAUAUGACCUUGACUCAGAUGGUUUGACUUCUGAAUCCAAUGAUGCUACUGUUAUUGAUGUACCUACCUGUGUAACUUCAAAUGGCAUGCCUGUAUUGGUUGCUGAGGAGGAUACUGGUGUUCAGGGUGUGGGCGAUGAGACAUUACGAGCAGAGGAGCAACCACACGUGCAGUUUUCUGUGGGAGAUAUUGUCUGGGCUAAAGUGUUUGGAUACCCAUGGUGGCCUUGUAUGAUCACUGCAGACCCAGAGUUCAACCUUCAUUUCAGACAGAAAGCAAACAAUUGCAGAGGAUUAUUGUACCAUCUACAGUAUUUUAGUGACACACCAGAGAGAGGAUAUGUUGCUGGAAAGAACUUGGUCAUUUUCUCUGAGAAAGAACAAUACCAGACCCUUUGCCGUGGAAAUAAACAGCCCACUCUCCACUCUGAUAGCAAGAAGCUGUCUAUCCCACGUAAAGUGCGGAUACCGUGGGAUACAGGUAUCUCCCAGGCAACAGAGGCAGUAGCUUUACCUGUAGAGGAGCGCCUAGCCAAGUUCAGCUUCACCUAUGAGGGUAGUCAGCCGCAUUUCAACUCUCGUAUUCUGCAAGAACUUCAGUGCAAACAGAACCAGCAACAGCGGCGUCAUAAAGAGUUCCCAGAAACAGCUAGCCUCACUCCACCCGACUCUACUCAGUCCAGCCCCAUCACUGUACAAACACUGAGCAACCCUCUUACUACCCCCCUUCCCACCAACAGCAGCACUUCAGCAGGGAAAAUGCCCCUAGCUACUAAAGCACCUAAAGCCCCAGUUAUCAGGGGGCAAUGGAGCCAAAAGGAGCGAAUUCCUCUUUACAAAAAGAGAAAGGAAGUUGUUCCUGUUGUAGUUCUCCCUCACAUUGACACUGUUGUACAGGAUAUGUCCAUUGCUGCCGAUAAACUUGAGACCAAUAUGGUGAAAAUGAAUAAAUCUGGAAUAUUCAUGAAAAAGUCAUCACUGAAACAGGCUGUCCUAUUUGCUGAAAUUGACCCUCAAUUGAAAGCAUCCCAGAAGAAACAGAGAAAACUCAAACAGAAGUUUCCAGCUGCUCCAAACUCCCUGAAAAGGAAGAAAAUUAAGGCAUCUGCUAUUAUUGCUGAAAGACUAAACACAGAAUUACUAAAGCCAGUGGUUUUGGACACUGAAGUUUGCAAGAUGAAGAGAAAACUAAAAAAGGACAAGGCAGAUGCUGUCUCUAAAGUUAUGAAGGCGGCCUCGAAGCGUGCACUUGAAGAGCUAAAUGUGGAUGAGGAAUCUCAACCCAGGAAAAAGGCCAGGCUCGGGGAAGGUUUAAAAUGGCACAAGACGCUAAAGACGCCUGAGCCACCCAUUAGUGUACAAAAGAGAAAGAGGCAAAAACCUGCCAUCACUGAGAAAAGAAAGAGACCCAAAACACCAGUCUCUGUGGAGGCGCCUCAAAAUAAGGGAAGAUGGGUUAGGAAGAAAAAGCAGGGCCCUAGCAGCCAGUUGCUGUCAGUUUCAUCCAAGAAGCACAGUCCAUCAACCCAGAUUUCUUAUCAGGAGAGACCGGAUUCUCCCACUGAUGAAGCCCAUUCGACCAGGAAGGCAGAGCGUACAGUCAGUAAUAAAAAGGAGUGUGUGUGUCAGGUUUGUGAAAAGACAAGUGAGGACCUGGUGACGUGUGAAGGACAAUGCUAUGGUUCAUACCACCUGCAGUGUAUGAGUUUAGACCAGCCAACAGAUAAGGUGCUCUGCCCUGCCUGCCGCACAGGAGUGCAUGCAUGUUUCAUUUGUAAGAAGUCUGAAGGGGAGGUGAAGCGCUGCAGCGUCCUACACUGUGGUCGAUUCUACCAUGAGGCAUGCUUGCGGUUAAGUGCUUUAACUGUUUUUGAUAACCGAGGAUUCCGCUGCCCACUACACACUUGCCUCACCUGUCACUGCAGUGGCCGUGGCACAGCAAAAGCCACCAAAGGGAAAAUGAUUCGCUGUCUGCGCUGCCCAGUAGCAUACCACACUGGAGACCUGUGCAUAGCAGCAGGAAGUGAGGUUCUGACGCCUGCUACUAUGUUAUGUACCAACCACUUCAGCCCUAAGAAAGGCUGCAGGCAUCAUACACAUGUCAAUGUCAGCUGGUGUUUCAUCUGCUCCAAUGGUGGCAGCCUUCUGUGCUGUGAAUCAUGUCCAGCUGCCUUUCACCCUGACUGUCUAAAUAUCACUAUGCCUGAUGGUAGCUGGUUCUGUUAUGACUGCCGCUCAGGCAAGAAGCCUAAGUACAGAGACAUCAUCUGGGUCAAACUGGGCAAUUACAGAUGGUGGCCAGCAGAAAUCCGUCAUCCCAGGAAUAUCCCUACGAAUAUUCAGCACCUACGUCAUGAGAUUGGAGAGUUUCCUGUUUACUUUUUUGGAUCAAAAGAUUACUACUGGACCCACCAGGGCCGUGUGUUCCCUUAUAUGGAGGGAGAUAGGGCAAGCAGAAACCAGAAGACUGGCAUUGGGAAGGUCUUCAAGAAUGCUGUGCUGGAGGCUGAAGCUCGGUUUAACCAGAUCAAAAUGGAGAGAGAAGCUAAAGAAGCUCAGGAGAACAACAGGAAACCUCCUCCAUACAAAUAUAUCAAGGUCAACAAACCGGUCGGGCGUGUCCAGAUUUACACGGCUGACAUCUCUGAGAUCCCGAAGUGCAACUGUAAGCCAAGUGAUGAGCGGCCAUGCAGCUUUGAAUCGGAGUGUCUGAACCGCAUGCUGCUGUAUGAGUGUCACCCUCAGGUGUGUCCAGCUGGAGACCGCUGCAUGAACCAGGACUUCACCAAGCGCCUCUACCCUGAGACCAAGAUUAUCCGCACAGCUGGCAAGGGCUGGGGUCUCGUUUCUCUCCGAGACAUCAAGAAGGGGGAGUUUGUGAAUGAGUAUGUGGGGGAGUUAAUCGAUGAGGAGGAGUGCAGAGCCAGGAUCAAAUACGCCCAGGAAAAUGACAUCACACAUUUCUACAUGCUCACCAUUGACAAGGACCGGAUCAUUGAUGCAGGCCCUAAAGGGAACUACUCCCGCUUCAUGAACCACAGCUGCCAGCCCAACUGUGAGACUCAGAAGUGGACAGUGAAUGGAGAUACGCGUGUGGGCCUGUUCGCUGUGUGUGACAUUCCAGCAGGUACAGAGUUGACUUUUAAUUAUAAUCUGGACUGUCUCGGGAAUGAGAAGACUGUCUGUCGCUGUGAUGCACCUAACUGCAGUGGCUUCCUAGGAGAUAGACCCAAGAUAACCCCCACUUCAGAGCCUAAAGCCAAGCUACAGAAGAAGAAACCUAGGAGGCGGCGUGCUCGAAGUGAAGGGAAGAAGCAAUCUGAGGAUGAGUGUUUCCGCUGUGGCGAUGGAGGACAGUUGGUUUUGUGUGACCGUAAGGGCUGCACUAAAGCUUACCACUUGUCUUGCCUGGAUCGAACCAAGAGACCAUUCGGUCGUUGGGAUUGCCCCUGGCACCACUGUGACGUGUGUGGCAAACCAUCCGAUGCUUUCUGCCAGCUGUGUCCCAACUCCUUCUGUAAGACCCAUGAGGAGGGCACACUGCGACCACACCCUAUCAGCAGCCAGCUGUGCUGCCAAGAGCACGAUGACUCAGACUUGCAGUCCACAGCAGUGGUCACUCAGAAGUCCAUCACCACUAAACCUGCCAAACGCGGCCGCAAACCUGGAGCCCGGAGCAGCACUGACCCUGCAGCUAAGAAGUGCUCCAGGAAGCUUUGGACCAAGCAACAGAAGGGUCGAGCUGGUGAAAGUGUUCCUCCUCCCUCACCCCUUCCCUCCGUGCCCUACCCAUGAUUCAGUGGUAUUGAUAUGAACAUGACUGUUCUCCCAAACUGAAAGCACUGUGUCUGAUCAGGGAAGUAUCUGAACACUGUAGAGCUCAGUGAAGCUGCCACAUCAGGUUCCACCCCCUCACUCAACCUCUCGCUCAGAACAGAGCGCGGGAGCCGCCACACCAAACAGCCUCAUUACUACACAGCAUUAUGGAGGCCAAACUUGAAUUUUUUACACCCGUUUUAAUCUUUCACAUAGAUCGUUUGUUUUAUUUUUUAACAGUAGAUAUGUAUAUGGAAAUGUAUAUGAAAGACCAAAAUUAUAAUACUGGAAUUACUGAUAGUAACAGAUUGUCAGUGUGUAGGUUUUUUUUGUUUUGUUUUGUUUUUUAAGAACCAAUUGUACCGUUAAAUGUAAGACACUAUGGAUAGCCCUUGAAUUGUUUUUAUAGUUAAUAGAGUGCGUUUAACUAUAGAGCAGCAGAGUUUUAGCACAUUUUUGUUAGCUCAUUUUUUUGAGUUUAUGUAACAUGCUAGAAUGUUAAAUGAGUCUCUGCAAAAUCUACCUAUUCAGAGUUUAAAAAAGGCACAGUAAAUUGAGUCAGGGGGCUUUUUGAGAGGUUUGGGUGAAAUAAAGCUUUUAACAAUA